AUAUAGUGGCACUAAAUCUUCAAUAAUUUGCACACAAUUUCUAAUCUAUUAUUCAUUAUGAAUCUGAAAAACUUCAUAAUCUUCUAUAGAAAAUUUAUCUGGUGUCUCUCUAAUCUGUUUUUCAUAACACCUCUUUUCACAAUAGCCACUAGUAUUUCUAUUAAAAGAAGCUCUUUGAUACCCUUCAUAUAUUAUGAGGUCUCCACUGCCAAAUGAUGGUCCGUGAUAAUUCGAAUAAACUAUAGCAUGUUCCUCAUCCUCUACACGACUAAUAAGACAAUUUUCAAUAUUAAUUCUAUUUACAAAAGAGAAAAUAAAACUAUCCUUGGUAGUACCAUAACUAACAAAUUUACUAAUACCAUUCUUCCAUUCAAUCGGAUUAUAUCCUCC